AUGAAAGAAGUUUAGACCAAGAAAGCCUUAUAAUAAAGAAUUCAACUCUUAACAGCCUUUUUCCCAUUCCCAUGUAUCUUACAUACAUAUAUUAAAUAAAAAAAACUUCCCACUUAAUUUCUCUAUUCAUUUCCUCCUCAUUCUAUUCUCAUUUCUCUCUACAAAAACAAACAAAAGAAAGAAAGUGAUCAUGAUGAUGAAUCCAGUUUUCAGAACAGAAUCCUUACCGGGUGUGGGAAUGGGAAUGGGUAUGAUUCCAUACACCAUUACAGAAGUUGAAAAGAGACGGUUGUUUCUAAAAAGUUAUCAGUUUAGCAGGAAACAAAGCACUAGUCAGAAAAUGAAGAGAUGUUUGUUUCGGGUCAAGAAACUUAUAUGGGUCAAACUUAGAUCCACUAAGAAGAUCCAUAAAAUGAUAUGGUUUAGGCUACGUCAUGGUUUGUUUUAUGGGCUUAGAAGAAAUAAAAAGACAUUCAUACGUUUAAAUCAUCAUCAUCAUCAUAACAACAACUUCACUUCUUCUGCCCAUUGUUUCUGGUAGUAAUUAUAAGGUUAAUUUAUUAUUAGUAUUGUUAAUUGGUAAGUUAUGUUACUCUUUAAUUUGUUUGUUAGUUUAUUUGUUGGUUAAAUUGUUAUUUUAGUUUCAUGAUAUAAGCUAUGUUAAUGUUAAUUAUAAUUAAAUGUCUAGUGAUGGAUGAUUUAAUUUUGUAAUUUGGUAGUAGUGUGAAAUGCAAAUGGUUGAUGGAUA